AUGACACCAGAAGAGCCUCAAAGUAGAAUUAUCGGAGGAAAGCCUGCGGAAGAUGGUCAAUUUCCUUUCUUUGUCCGAUUAGUGGCGUAUGGAGGCCCGUGGAGUGAGACUAGGAUUCAUAGUUGCGGAGGAAGCAUCAUCGAUCCUAGAUGGGUUCUCACUGCAGGGCAUUGUUUACUUGAAACUACCAACGCUUCUGAACCAGUUACAUAUCACAUCGAAGCUGGAUCUAUUAAAGCAAGAGAACCACGACAAUUUCAAAUCGUCAUCAAUGAUCACGCCUUUCUCCAUCCAGAUUACAAUCCUACUACUAUAGAUAAUGACAUUGCUUUAAUUAAGAUCAAACCCUUCACUUUCGAUAAAUACGUUCAUCCGGUAAGAAUUGCCCUCGGUUCUUGGAACUCUGAGUCUUAUGUUGGAGAGACAAUCACUGCCAUGGGCUUUGGAUACACAUCGAAUGAUGGACCGGUGUCUCCAGAUUUACUCUGGACACAAGACUUAACGGUGAUUUCAAGAGAAGAAUGUGCACCUGUCUACUUUUAUUUGCCUUCGACAGUAUUCUGUGGUGUGGAUGAAAAUGGACCACCAAUAAGUUCCGUUUGUUCAGGAGACUCCGGAGGCCCUGCUGUCAUUUUCAGAAAGGGAAAAAAGGGAAAGAAACUUUUUGAAAUCGGAUUGGUGUCAUUUGGAUCUUCGGAAGGAUGUGAUACUGCUCCUCAGGCAUUUACAGACAUUGCGCAGUUUCAUGAUUGGUUGACAUUGACCAUGGCCAGAAAUUCAUGA